UUUCAUUUACAAAAUUCCUUUGGUAGCGUGUUGAAGAAAUUUUCAUAAAAUUUAAAAAAAAAUUUUUAAAUUUCUAAAUUAGUUUUUUAUUGGUGAAGUUAUGGCAGAACAUCCGACAUUUAGAGGACCAAUCCUGAACCAAUGCGAGAUAUAUCCGCGUCGGCGGACAACGGAAUUUUAUAAAACUCCGGGGCCACGAGCUUCGUCUCAAAGCCGAAGGGCGGAGCAUCCAAGGGAUAUCCUGAACAAAGUUCCUAGUCGAAAUCGGGAGACCGCUCGCCAAUUACCUCGUAUCCAACCGCCAAAUAACUCGGAUAGUAGUGUUCUUCGAAAUGGUUACUUUUCAUAAAGUGUUUGUACAAAUCAUACAAAAUUAUUUAAAUGUUUAACAAAUA